AUGGUGGGAGCUCAAAGGAUCAUGCCAACACCUGUGCCAAGAAGAACACCCAUGGCGGCUGUGACCCAGCACCCAGCGAGCCAGUGUACUCAAUCUCCACCUAUGCGGCAAUUCCAGUGUUUCUGCUGUGGUCAGCUGGGACAUUUGCACUGGACGGUAGUUGCUGUGGACCCACUGGACAGGACUUCAAUGGACUCAGGACCAUCAUGUAAGUACAUUGCCAUCAGGGACACUAAACACACACCCCCAGAGAUUGAGAUUUCUCCGAUCACCUUCCCGGGUGGUCCGGAGAGCCUCAUUCUCUUGGCACCCUUCUUUUUGGCAAAGGGCCAAAUCAUCGCCCAGUUUAUUUCUAUUCCAGAAGAAAUCCCAGUAGAUGACCAUGCACCAGGCGUCUGCUGGGCAGAAGUGGUGGAUGAGAACAAACCAAUCAUCGACUGCAGCAUCAAAUUAUCAGGUUCCCCUGUGGGGGAGGGAUCUCAUGUCCCACUGGGGGGUGAAAAUCGAGAUCCCGAAAACCCCUCGGGAUUUUUAAAGGCGGCCACUGUGGAGCGCCCUUUCCAGAAACUAGAUUGGACAACUGAUACAGUGGUCUGGAUUGAUCAGUGGCUGCUAAGAAAAGAAAAAUUAAAGGCGCUCAACGAACUCGUGGAGGAGCAAUUAGCAAAAGAGAUCGAAACCACCAGCCCUUGGAAUUCCCCGGUCUUUGUAAUCCGUAAGCCGGGGAAGGACAAGUGGCAGCUCCUUCACGACCUUCGUGAAAUCAACAAAGUCAUUGUGGACAUGGGACCUCUUCAACCCGGGAUGCCUACCCCAACCAUACUCCCACGAAAUUGGAAAUUGGCUAUUAUUGAUAUAAAGGAUUGUUUUUUCCAAAUUCCCCUACACCCUGACAAUGCCCCAUGGUUUGCCUUCUCGGUGCCCACCCUUAACCGAGAAGCCCCAGUGAGGAGAUUCCACUGGCGAGUGUUGCCUCAGGGCAUGAAGAACUCACCCACCAUUUGCCAGUGGUAUGUCUCCUCAUUACUGUCUCCCAUCCUCGCCAAAGUGGGGGAGGUCAUCAUCCCCCAUUACAUGGAUGAUGUCCUGGUAUGUGCCCCCCAUGACAAUCUACUAGAGCAUGUGCUUGACCUGGUGGUUGAAGUUCUAACCUCUGCAGGAUUUCAGCUCCAGGAAGAGAAAGUUCAAAGGAUGCCACCCUGGAAGUAUCUGGGCCUGCAGAUCGCUGAGAGGACCAUUGUUCCUCAAAAACUGGCUAUCAACAGCAAUCCAAAAAAUCUGGCAGACCUCCACUCCCUGUGUGGGACUUUGAACUGGGUCAGGCCUUGGCUGGGCCUCACUACUGAGGACCAAGUCCCCCUCUUCAUAUUAUUGAUGGGGGAGAAGGAGCUGAGUUCUCCCAGGUCUCUGACCCCAGAGGCACGGAGAGCCCUGGAAAAGGUGCAGGAUGCACUAGUGGAGAGGCAGGUGAAUAGGUAUGAGUCGAACCUGCCAUUUGAGUUUAUUGUUCUGGGAAAUCUGCCACACCUGUUUGGGCUCAUUUAUCAGUGGGACCAGGACUCAAGGGACCCACUCUUGAUCAUAGAGUGGGUUUUCCUAAGUCAUCAAAGGUCCAAGAGCAUUACUAGGCCGCAGGAGUUGAUGGCGCAGCUCAUCAGGAAAGCUAGGGCAAGGCUUCGGGAGAUGUCCGGGUGUGAUUUUACAUGCAUACAGGUAUUGGUCAGUCUGUCUCGGGACAGAGCAUCCCCAGAUAAACUGACCAAAGAAAUGUUUAAUCAGCUGCUGCAGGAGAAUGAGACUCUCCAAAUUGCGUUAGAUAGCUACAGUGGACAGGUUUUGGUCCACACCCCUGCUCACAAAUUCUUUAACUCAAAGUUUAAUGUGAUUCCAAAGGAAAUCAGGAGUAGAAAACCCCUCAAGGCUGUGACAGUUUUCACCGACGCAUCUGGAGCUUCCCACAAGUCGGCAAUGACUUGGAUGGAUCCUCAGACUCAGCAGUGGGAAAUGGAUGUUAAAUAUGUGGAGGGAUCUCCACAAGUUGCUCAGUUGGAUGCCGUUGUCAGAGCCUUUGAGAGGUUCCCUGAACCAUUUAAUUUGGUAACUGAUUCGGCCUACGUCGCAGGGGUAGUAGCAAGGGCAGAAAAUGCGGCGUUAAAAGAAGUCUCAAAUCCUCAGCUUUUUGAGCUGCUUUCGAAAUUGAUCUAUGCUGUUUCUCACUGA